AUGGCGGCGACGAACGCCGGCGCGUUGGUGGAGUCGGCCUCUGCCGACGAAGCCGCGGCGAAGACGGCGCAGAAGCGCUACGAGGGGCUUCUGAUGGUUCGAAACAAAGCGAUAAAAGGAAAAGGCGCAUGGUACUGGACGCACUUGGAACCCUUGCUGGUUCACAACACCGAAACGGGACUUCCCAAAGCAGUGAAACUCCGUUGCACCCUCUGCGACGCCGUUUUCUCCGCCUCCAAUCCUUCCCGCACUGCCUCCGAACACCUCAAGCGUGGCACGUGCCCCAAUUUUAACUCCGCCGCCAAACCCAUUUCCUCUGUCUCCCCCGUUGUCGUUCCUUCUUCUUCUCCCUCGUCCGCUUCUCCUUUUUCGGUUCAGCACAAUCACCGCAAGCGAACAACGACUUCGCCUUCUGCUUCGGGUUCAGGUUCGGGUUCGCUCUACCACGCGCCAUCGCGGUUCGGGUCGGCUUUGGUUCCGCAGCAGCCACAUUUGGUGCUGUCAGGUGGGAAAGAGGAUUUGGGGGCUUUGGCCAUGUUGGAGGAUAGCGUGAAGAAGCUGAAGAGUCCCAAAACUUCUCCUGGUCCCGCUUUGAGUAAGGCCCAAAUCGAUAGCGCGAUUGAGUUUCUGGGCGAUUGGGUAUACGAGUCGUGUGGCUCCGUGUCUUUCGCGAGUUUGGAGCAUCCGAAGUUCCGAGCUUUUCUGUCGCAGGUUGGUUUGCCGGCAGUGUUUCCACGGGAACUGACCGGAGCGAGGUUGGAGGCGAGGUUCGAGGAGGCUAAGGUUGAGUCGGAGGCGAGGAUCCGGGAUGCGAUGUUCUUUCAGAUUGCGUCUGACGGGUGGAAGUGGAAUGGGAAUGUGAAUGAGAAUGGGAGGAGUUACGAUUCGGGGUUGGUGAAUUUGAGCGUGAAUCUUCCAAAUGGGACCAGUUUGUACAGAAGGGCGUUGUUUGUUACUGCUUCUGCUCCUUCCAAGUAUGCGGAGGAGGUUUUGUGGGAGACAAUCACUGGCAUUUGUGGGAAUCUCGUGCAACAGUGUGUUGGGAUAGUUGCAGACAGGUUCAAGGCCAAGGCCUUGAAAAACUUAGAGAAUCAGAAUCAUUGGAUGGUUAAUCUCACUUGUCAGUAUCAGGGCUUCAACAGUUUGAUCAAGGACUUUGCCAAGGAACUCCCCUUGUUCAGGACUGUGGUUCACAAUUGUCUUAAGCUCGCCAAUUUGUUCAAUUACACCUCUCAGGUGAGAAACAGUUUCCACAAGUACCAGCUGCAGGAGUACGGCCACACCUGGCUGCUGCGGGUGCCCCUGCACGAGUUUGAGUUGGGGCCUGUGUAUGCUAUGAUGGAGGACACUUUGAGCUCGGUUCGCGCCUUGCAGUUGGUGCUGCUGGAUGAGCCUUUCAAGAUGGUGGCCAUCGAGGACCAGGGCGCCAGGGAGGUUGGGGACAUGAUUCGGGAUGUGGGGUUCUGGAAUGACUUGGAAGCCAUUCAUGGUUUGGUGAAAUUGGUGAAGGACAUGGCUCAGGAGAUUGAGGCUGAGAGGCCUCUGGUUGGGCAAUGCCUUUCCCUCUGGGAUGAGUUGAGGGCAAAGGUGAAGGACUGGUGCUCCAAGUUCCACAUUGCAGAAGGGGUGGUGGAGAAGCUGGUUGAGAGAAGGUUCAAGAAGAAUUACCACCCUGCUUGGGCUGCUGCUUACAUUCUUGACCCGCUUUACUUGGUGAGGGACACCAGUGGCAAGUACCUUCCACCGUUUAAGUACUUGACGCCGGAACAGGAGAAGGAUGUUGAUAGGCUCAUUACUAGGCUUGUUGCAAGAGACGAAGCACAUAUUGCUCUGAUGGAGCUCAUGAAGUGGAGGACGGAAGGGCUUGACCCGGUUUAUGCUCAAGCUGUUCAGAUGAAGGAGAGGGAUCCGGUCACUGGGAAGAUGAGGAUUGUCAAUCCACAGAGCAGUAGGCUUGUGUGGGAAACUUAUUUGACUGAAUUCAAGUCCUUGGGGAAAGUUGCAGUGAGGUUAAUAUUCCUUCAUGCAACCUCAUGUGGCUUCAAAUGCAAUUGGUCCUUGUGGAGAUGGGUUUGUGCCCAUGGCCAUCACUCCAGGAUUGCACUCAACAAGGUGCAGAAGUUGAUAUUCAUUGCAGCUCAUUCCAAACUUGAGAGAAGGGAUUUUUCCAGUGAUCAAGAGAAGGAUGCGGAGCUGUUCACCCUGGCAAAUGGUGAGGAUGAUGUGUUAAACGAAGUUCUUGUUGAUACAUCCUCAGUGUAA